CCCACUGUUGGCCCCCUACGCCCUGGGACAUGCCAACUUUAUUUUCGGCAGCAGCCUCACGAGGCGCUUGUUUCCCUGCAAGGGAAAGAAAAAGUGCGGAAGCCAGUUGAUCCGCCCCCCAUCCUGGAACUUGUUGUUAAUGCGCGAAUUGACCCGCAACAACAAUUCCUCCAAAAUCCCUACUUGUUUGCCUGCGCGACGCUUUAUAAGCCAGAUAAAGACGAGCCGUGCGAGAUGAGCACAGAGAAGUCCCUAGUAGGGACACUAGUAUCUUCUUUGCACCGCUUAAAAGAUAUAAGCAAUAAAGAUGGAGGAUUUUUUGUUUUUGGGGAUAUCUCUGUUAGAACUGUGGGUACUUUUAGGCUUUGCUUUACCUUGUAUGAAUUCCACCAAGAUUCUUAUGAGGUACAGUAUUUAGCCUCGACUAUCAGCGAUAAGUUUAAAGUCUUGGCUGCAAAAGACUUUAAGGGACUCGAGGAGUCCACCUACCUCUCUCGCGCCUUUUCGGACCAAGGAGUUCGAUUACGUCUCCGGAAGGAGGCCCGAUCAAUGGCGCACAAGCGCUCAUACACCUCGGACCAG